CAGUACGAAGAAAACGAUGGAGCCUGCCAUUGUAAAAUCAUCAAUUCCUCAAGAUAUAAUUUUUAACAUAUUCUCGACACUUUCUGUCAAGUCCUUAAUGCGUUUUAAAUCCGUUUCCAAAUUUUGUAAUUCCCUUAUAUCUGAAUCAGUUUUCGUAGAUAUACAUCAAUAUCGUACGAGUAAAAUCAAAUUCAUAGUGCGCCAACGUGCAAAAUUGUACACUAUAGAGGCAAUGGAAGAACAAGAAGUCUCCCCUCUUCAUAUUGAUAAUUUUUGUGGAAAACUCUUCUACAACCAUAUAAUGUGCGUUAAUAAUUUGUUAUGCUGCUCGAUGCACCACGUGGAGCGCGUUGCAAUUUGCAAUCCUAGUACGAAAGUUGUAAGAACUCUUCCCUGUCUGAAAGAGUUUUCUAAAAUUGAUUAUCCUGAGUAUUUCUGUUCAAUGGGUUUUGAUCCGGAAGAGAAGACGUAUAAAGUUUUGAUGACAAUUAACGGAUAUGAAAAGCAUACGAACCCCACGAGAAAUUGGGUUUUUACUUUAGCUGCAGAUGAAUCAUGGAGAGAGAUUAAAGGUAUUACUGAUUUUGCUGUGAUAACUAAGAACGUAGUUUGUGUUGGCGGAGUUAUCUAUAUGUUGAGUUACAGUAAGCAUGACAUAUUGGUAAUAGCGUUUGACGUUAGAAGUGAAAAUUUCAGAAUUGUCACAUUGUGGAAUUCCUUAAAUCAACACAUAGAUGGGAAUUAUUAUAACAUAAUAAAAGUGAAUGGCAAAUUAGCAAUCCUGAAUAAGAAAAAUUUGUACUUGCAAGAGAAUAUGGAUCUGUGGAUUUUUGGAAAAGAAGAAUGGGAGAAACAUAUAAUUCAAAUUCCACAACAAUGGACAAGUCCAGAAUUUGAACGACCAACAUUUUGCAGCACUUGUGAUGGGGAGAUUUUAUUCACUAAUAGGUUCGAGUCACGUCAAUUCAUUUGUUUUCGUUACAAUGUCACGGAAAAGAGAUGGAGAAAUUUCGAAAUCCAAGGGCUUUUAGAAAAGAGUUCGAUCAAUGACAUUUAUAGUUAUGAUGAAAGUCUAUUCCCAGUUGAAAGAAUAUGCAAUAGUGAUUGAUUUUUUGAUUUUUAUAUUUUUGUCUUUUGAAUUAAAACAUUUCGCGAGCUUAUGGAUUAAUUUAUAUUUUUGUUAUAUUA